GCCAAUCCUUGAAAUGCUUCCAGUGGAUAAGCAAUCUUCAUCCAUCAGAUACAUAGAUCAGGCUCAACUGGAGCUAGCAAGUAACUUAAAGCACGCCAUUAAUGAUCAGCCGUGCCACAAGUAUGGCGAGACAGCUUCAAGCUGCUGUUGAUGCCAAGAAAUCUGCUAGUAAUUCUGAGGAUCCAAUGACGUCCCUGGGUGAUGGUUCUCCAAAGUUAUUCCUCUCUAGUGACCAUAUUGGGCAUCCAGUGACCCCCUCCAGGGACACUGCUUCUGCAUCGCCAUAUGCUAUUCUUUCCUCCCGUCUUUCCGCUAUAGAUGUGAUGAAAAUUCCUGCUUCUGCAGCACAUGUCCUUUCAGUCAUAAGGGAGAGAGCUUCAUCUACCAAGAAGAAAGGCGGUAAGAUUUCUGCAGUUGAAUUGCCAGAUACUUGCAAAGAACUUUAUGAGAUGUUUAUUGAGGCUGGGGCAAAGAGAAAUAUGACAGAGCAAGAGAAAGAGCAACAGCUAGGGACAGAGCAAGAGAAAGAGCAACAGCCAGGGACAGAGAAAGAGCAACAGCCACGGACAGAGAAAGAGAGAGAGACACUGCAGGUGAUAGAGAACAAGAAAGAGACACUGCAGGGGAAUGUGCAAAACAUUCGCAAAUCCAGGAGGAGGAGGACCAUACCGCUAACCAGGAGGACCAAUCCGCGAAACAUUUACAACCGUAUGCAUCUCCACCGCUGUUCAAUAAACGCAAUGUGCCGACAAAAGAUAUGGUCAAUGAGGUCGUCAGUCAUUUGUGUUCCAGCAUGACUUCAACUGAAGAAGAUGCAUUGAUACGUAUCAAAGGGGUGACCAUCCCUACUCAUAUACUGACCGAGUUCUUGACCAAUGACAAGAUCAGUGUGGACAUCAUAAGAGCAUUUCUAAUAUGCUUCAGAUCUGAUGUCAGUCCUGGAACAAGAUUCUUUUUCCUGCCACAAUCGUUGGAGUCUAUUGAGGGUGGGGCAUUAGAAAGAGAUCUUUCUGAAGCUCCGUCUCGGGAUGGGAAGUCCAUAGUAGGGGUGAAGACUCGACUGAUAUUUGUCCCUGUGAUCGCCGGUGAUGACAGUAUGUUUGUCUUUUGUUACAAUUCAAGUCACAAAAAGUUUGAGUUUCUAAGCUGCAAAAAUUCUAGUGAAUCCUGGUCUGAAUGCGAUGCCAUUUGCAUGACCAUCUUUGACAAACUAGAAUCUGCCAUAGGGAAGCUAUCCUGCAGCAGAAAGAACUGUCAUGUUCAUUGGUCUUCUCAUAUGGAUAAGAUAUCUGAUGGCAGUCUAUUGGCCUUAUUAUUUAUGGAGUUUCUUCACUGGUGAACGGAAUUGGCUAGAGGAUGGUAUGAACUCCCCAGACUAUAAAGGUACGGUUGUGCGUUACCUUUUAUACCACAAAUUAAACGAAGUGCCCCUGCCCAAGGAGUUCCCUCAGCCGCUGCCCAAGGAGUCUAAUGAGCCGCUUAACAAUAUGCCGAGAGGUAUCCUAAGGGUCUUUUUCAAUAAGAGGGCAACAGUUCAGCAGGCUCCUAAGGCAAAUACAAGGAGGCGGACGGCAAAGUAGAAAAAGAAUGCGAAGAGCAACGGCUGUGGAACCCUUUUGUCUGCCUAUAUGUAUAUAUACUUAUAUAGUACAGAGUAUAACCUUUAUAAGUACCAAACGAUGCGCAACAUGGUUGGAUUAAUUAAUUACUACUACGAA